CGUUUCCUCUCUUCUUAACAAACUCCCUCGUUUCCCAUUUCCUAACAAUUUCUGUGCGUGUGUUUGCUUCCAUAGAUCCUCUUCAUAUCUACAACAGAAAUUGCUGAGAAACAGCGGAAGAAAAGAUGAUGCAGGAUCUAUGGAAUGCUCCCCUCGGAACGAGGCCUUCAAAAUCAGCUCCAUGUUCGCCGGUGAAGCCUCUCCUACGAACGCGCUCUGAAUCCUUCCACGUGGCCCACAAAGUCCCAAUUGGUGAUACUCCUUACGUCAAGGCAAAACAGGUUCAGUUAGUGGACAAGGACCCUGAGAAGGCAAUUGCGCUGUUUUGGGCGGCCAUUAAUGCUGGAGACAGAGUCGAUAGUGCUCUGAAAGACAUGGCUAUUGUUAUGAAGCAACAGAACAGGGCAGAGGAGGCUAUCGAAGCGAUUAAGUCAUUGAGAGCGCGGUGUUCGGAACAGGCCCAAGAGUCUUUGGAUAAUAUACUUCUCGAUCUUUACAAGAGGUGUGGGAGAUUAGAUGAUCAAAUUGCUCUGUUGAAGCACAAAUUGUAUUUGAUACAGCAAGGGAUGGCCUUCAAUGGGAAGCGCACGAAGACGGCUCGAUCUCAAGGGAAGAAAUUUCAGGUUUCUGUUGAGCAAGAAGCGACUAGACUGCUGGGGAAUUUGGGAUGGGCAUUCAUGCAGCAGCAGAACUACGUAGAAGCAGAAGCAGCUUACAGAAGAGCACUUACAAUAGCACCAGACAAUAACAAAAUGUGCAACUUGGGCAUUUGCCUGAUGAAGCAAGGGAGAAUCACUGAGGCUAAAGAAACACUUCGGCAAGUGAAACCAGCUAUGGCAGAUGGUCCGAGGGGUGUGGAUUCCCAUCUCAAAGCUUUUGAAAGAGCUCAAGAAAUGCUUCAGGACCUUGAAUCUGAACUCAUGAAUAAUGGUCAAGAUCAAUUCAAGCAAACUCAGCUUUUCAAUGCCUUCCUGGGUUCUUCAUCUAUUUGGGAACCUCAACCUUGCAAAGAUCCCACCAUUCCUUUUGUCCCAAACUCAUCGAAACCACAUGAUGAUUUUCCUGAUGAGAAUUUUGACGUAAACAGAAUAAACAGAGGGGCAGUAGAUAAUAGAAUUCAACCUUGCCCAUUACAGAAAUUCAUGGGUCCCGCCCAAAAUUCCCUCAACAGCAAGGCACCCCCAUUUUAUUCCAAGUUAAUAAAGGACACGACUUCAAUCCAAUUUCAUGAUCUUCUUGGUGGCCUCAAGCGGACCAGGUCCUCCUGCAACAAUGCUGGUCCAAUCAACAAGCAUGAAAUUGAGAAAUCUAAGAAACCACCCAUGAGUGGUUCAGAGCCGCUGGAUCAUAAGGCCAGAAGACGGUCUCUUUCUUCUGAAGAAAUCGACAAGAAGUGGAUAGACUUAUUGCCAGACAGUGAAGCAUUAGAUGAUGCAAUUAUGGCGGCAGUUCUUGCUCCUGUUCUUGAGACGACAACAGUGGCGAAUACGACAGACCUAAGAAAUCUCAACAAAAAGAGGCUUAAGGUUUUUCAGGACAUCACACUAUCUUUGAGCCCAAGAGCAUGAACGGGAAUAAUUUCAUUACUUAAUUCUUUUUAUCUUUUUCCUCAUCUUUCUCUGAAAGGGGAUAGGUAAGUGGGGGAGAUGAACUUGUUCUCCUCACCUCCUGUAGAGAAGGUGGUUAGUGCAUUCCUUUUCUUUAAAGCUUCCGCUUGAGAAAAGGAUAGUUAUGUCAUAAUCAUUUUUAACUCUUAAAGAUGCAGCUAAUAAUAGCUUCUUUCAUCCUAGGUAUUUCUUGGA